AUGCCUAACAUAUUUUCAAAUCAUCAACAUAGGUUUCAUCUAAAACAAUUAAUUAUUGAUCAAUUUACCGAUACGUUCGCGAACUUUGAAAUGUUUGUAAAACAAACACCGAAUUUAAAGAGUUUAACAUUCAUCAGUCAUAAUAAUGAUGAUAUAAAUAUCAUUGAUGCUAAUCGUUGGGAAUAUCUGAUAGUAUCAUCAAUACCUAAAUUAGAUACUUUCAAUUUUAAAUGCAGUUAUUAUGAAUCAGCUCCGUACUUUCGAUACACUCAUCAAACCAAAAUCGACAAAUUUAAACAAUUUCAAAGUGAUUUUUGGAAAGAACAACAUCAUUGGUGCUUUGAAUAUAUAGAAGAAGAUCAUUUAAUAUCCUUUUAUACAAUACCUUAUAUAUGUGAUACAUAUCAAAUAGAGUUUAAUUUUACAAAUUCUUCGAGUAAUUUAGUCAAUACAUUUGCUAAUGUUAAAAAAUUGACAUUAAAAUAUGAAAGAUUAGUCGAAAAUUCGAAGUAUUAUUUUCCAAAUGUUACAUCUUUAACAUUAAGUAGAGUUCAUUUUGAUACAUUGCUGACAACUGAGCGUGUUCAAUAUUUGAAAAUGAUGAUUAAUUUGUUUAAUCUCAAACAUCUGGAUAUGCCGGAUAAUAAGAAAGCAGAUGCCUCUUGUUUAUUAGAGAUAUUUAAACAAACACCGCAAUUAUCAUCAAUAUCAAUUGAUCCAGAUUGGCUCCAAGAGAUUUUAAAUAAUAAAGGUAUAUUCGAAUAUUUAACCAAAAUGAUUAAAAAUUUCAAUUUCAUCGAGUACAAGGCUAGAAUUGACAGCUCUUUCCAAAUAAAAAACUUUUGUAAAAUCUUUCCAAAUAUUGAACAUUUACAAUGUAGGAUUCAUGAUACAGAAAAUGUAUUCGUUAUUAUUGAUAAUUUACCAAAAUUAUCUACUUUGAAGAUAAAACAUGAAAGUAAAUUUGAGCCAGAAGAAACAUUUUUAGAAUUUAAAAAUGAAGCAUCGAAAAGAGAUAUACCUUAUUAUAUAAGCUUCUACAAUCUUACGGAGACGCAUUUUUGGUAUGGGAGCCGUCUGGGUCAUGAUUGGUUUGUGACACAAUUAUUUAUUUGGAUUGGCAACAAACGGACACUUGAUUGA